AUGGCAGACAUAGUGCUUUCACCAGUUCUACAGGUGAUUUUUGACAGAUUAGCAUCUCCAAUCCUACAAGCGCUUGGUGACAGAUGGGAUCUCAAAGAUAACUUCCAGAAUCUACAGCAAGCCUUAUUAAUGGCACAAGCAGUUCUUGAAGAGGCAGAAGACCAACAGGUCACUAAUAAAGCUGUCAAAACUUGGCUGUUAAGACUUAAGGCUGCAGCUUAUGAUGCUGAAGACCUUCUUGACAAGCUUGCGGCUCAUCUGAAGAAAUCUGAAGCACAGGAAGCACAUGUUUCUAGCUUCUUUGAUGCAAAAAAGAUUGUAUUGGAAGCAGAUGAGGUCAGAAAGAAGCUUCGGGAACUGCAAAUGGUAGCAAUGGAGGGUUCUAACUUCCAUCUUCAACAGGACAAUAUGGCAGCAGCUAGUCAAUUUGAUGAGAGAGAAACAGGCUGUUUUGUUAUUGAAUCAGAAAUCUAUGGAAGAAACAAAGAUAAGAAGGAGAUAGUAAAACUGUUAUUGUCUCGUGAAGAAACCGACAGAGGAAAUUUGUCCUUUAUUCCGAUCAUUGGAAUGGGAGGACUCGGCAAGACAACUCUUGCUCAGUUCGCAUAUAAUGAUGAUGAGGUGACACAACAUUUUGAUGUUAAAAUAUGGGUUUUUGUAUCUGUUGAUUUUGAUGCAAAAAGGAUAAUAAAGGAAGCUAUUGAGUCUGUAACAAUGGAGAAAUGUGAUAGUUUGGCGAUAAAUGUGCUUCAGUCGAAGCUCUGGGCAUUGCUGCAAAGGAAAAGGUUCUUAUUUGUGCUGGAUGAUGUUUGGACAGAAGAUCAGAAGGCAUGGGACAAACUAAAGCCUCUAUUCAUGGGUGGCAUGUGUGGGAGUAAAAUCAUUAUCACUACCCGCAACAAAAAAGUUGCAUUUGCAACAACCUCCCCAACUUAUCCAUACUAUUUGAAAGAACUGGACGAGGAUGACUGCUGGAAGUUGUUCAAGCAUCAAGCUUUCCCGCAAAGAGAAGAAAUUAAGUAUCAGAACCUGGUACCGAUAGGAAAGGAGAUCAUUAAGAAAUGUGGUGGUGUUCCACUAGCGGUAAAAGCUUUAGGAAUUUUGAUGCGCUUUAAGAAACAGGAAAGGGAGUGGCUAUUUGUUCAAAACAGUGACCUCUGGAAUUUAGAUGUCUACCAUAAAGAAAUUUUACCUGCCAUGAAAUCCAGUUACCUUCUUUUACCAUCUCACCUCAAACACUGCUUUGCUUUCUGCUCAGUUUUCCCCAGAGGAUAUGAAAUCAAGAAGGAGAAACUAAUCCAAAUGUGGAUGGCAGAAGGGUUAAUUCGAUCUGAUGGAGCAAAACCGCUUGAGGACAUCGGCGAAGAGUAUUUCCAGGAUUUAAUGUGGAUGUCUUUCUUCCAAGAUUCAGGAGAUUCUGACAAUGGUGACAUAAGUGGAUACAGAAUGCACCAUAUCAUUCACGACCUGGCACAAUCUGUUGCAGGAAAUGAGUCUACUAUUCUAGACAAAGGUCUUCCAUCAGGUAGCCUUACUCAAACUCGCCACGCUUCUGUGAUUUGUGAUUUUAAGUAUCCCAAAAUCCUUCAAGCUUUGUCUGAUGCAAAACAUUUGCGAACUCUCAUACUGUUUCCUGAAGGUGACACCAUAGAGUAUCCUGAUCAAUUGUUUGCAACUUCUUCAUUUUUGCGUGUCCUAGAUAUGAAUGCUUCUGGCCUUCAUUACCUUGUUCACUCAAUUGGUAACUGCCUGUGCUUGAGAUAUCUUGAUCUUUCAUACACGCCGAUCAGGUUCUUGCCUUAUGGUAGUGUUGAGCAACUACCAUUUUUGCAAACAUUGAAUCUUUGCGGUUGCUAUAACCUCAAGGAAUUGCCUGUUAUCGCAAAAAUGAUAAGCCUAAGACAUCUCGAUAUAACUGGAUGUGAAUCACUGACUGCCAUGUCGCCUUCUUUUGUUGCAUUGUAUGAAAAUUAUGGACGUUCCUUCAGUAGGACAGCCCAACAUGAAAAAGUCAUUAGCUCAACAUUUCUCCCUGGAUUCUCUGCUCAGCUGCAUACGUGUCCAACAAUUAUGGUUGGUGGUUUUCUAGACCUCAUGUUUCUGGGAAGGUUAAACCUUCGCGGUGAGCUAAAGAUCAUACAUUUGGAGAAUGUGAGUAAUUCAAAUGAUACAGAGAAUGCCAAUUUGAUGGAGAAAGACAACCUUGAUUCUUUAGGACUAUACUGGGGGGAGAAACAUGACAGUUCCACCCUAAACCCGAUGGAACAGCAUCAUUCAUCUGGAUCAUCAGAGCAGCACCAAACUGAUGCUAAUGCAGCAGAAGAAGUUGCCAAAGGCCUCCAUCCGCACCAAAAUUUGAAGCUACUAGUUGUGAAAGGGUAUCCAGGAAAAAGAUUUCCGCAUUGGAUGCUUCCAAAUCUAACAAAGGUUGAUUUGAGAGAUUGCCUGAAUUGCAGUUGUCUUCCUGUCCUAGGGAAUCUACUAUUUCUUAGGACACUCUUCCUGCAUGGAAUGCCUUCUCUGAAACAUAUUGGGCCAGAGUUCUAUGGUGAAGACACCAGGCAACUGUUCCCUUCACUUGAAGAGCUUGUUCUCAGUGAUUUCAUUAUUCUGCAAGAAUGGCUUGGUCCAGAUGGCAAAGAUGCAUUCCCUAAGUUGAGCAAAUUAAUUGUCAAGAAAUGUCCCAAGCUGACUUCAAUGCCAUUACUUGCCUCUCUUCAACACUUGGAAUUACGGGAGUGUAGUGCAGUUCUGUUUAAUUCCAUUAGGUGUGCAUCCUCUCUUACGGUUCUUGCUGUUGAGAAAGUACCAGACUUUUCACCCUUAUCAGGAGGGAGCAUUGUAAACAAUCCUCUUCUUUCUUCUUUGGAGAUCAUAGCUUGCCCAGGGCUUUGUUUUCUGCCAUCAGAGUCGGGAAACCUCACUGCUCUGAAGUCAUUGAAAAUUCAUUGGUAUGAAGAGCUCUCCUCUUUCCGACAAGGUUUCCAGAAUCUUAAGGCUCUAGAAUUCUUGGAAAUUUGUGAUUGUCACGGUAUAAUUUCUAUACCAGAGGGGAUUGAAAGUUUGAGUUCCCUCAGAAGUUUGUCCAUAGAAAACUGUGAUAAUUUGACAUCAUUACCAUUAAGUUUGAAAAAUCUCACAUGUCUUGAGCACUUGACCAUCAUGAACUGUCCAAAGCUUGUGUCUUUGCCAGCGGACAUGCAUCAACUUUCUGCUCUUCAAAGUUUGACCAUCUUAAGCUGUCCCCAGGUUUUAUCUCUGCCUGAAGAGUUGCAAUAUAUCACAACAAUGCAUCGAGGAGUUGUGCUGGCCUAA